GCCGUACCUUCCUCGCGCUGCCGGUGCCAGGAGCGAGCGGCGCGCGCCCCCCGCUGCCCGGUGCUGCCUCCCCGCCGCCAUGCUGCCCGCCGCCGCCGCGCUCCUCCGCCGCUGCGCUGUCUCCGGCCUCCGCGCAGCCGUCCGCCGGCCCGCCGGCCCCGCAGCUGUACUGCAUGCCCGCUGCUACUCUCAUGGGUCACAAGAAUCAGAUGAAGAAUUCGAUGCUCGCUGGGUGACGUAUUUCAACAAGCCAGAUAUUGAUGCCUGGGAGCUCAGGAAAGGCAUAAACACACUUGUGGGUUAUGACCUGGUUCCGGAACCAAAAAUCAUCGAUGCAGCUCUGAGGGCAUGCAGACGGUUAAAUGACUUUGCCAGUGCCGUCCGCAUUUUAGAAGUUGUAAAGGACAAAGCAGGACCUCACAAGGAAAUCUAUCCUUACGUUAUCCAGGAACUUAGACCAACUUUGAGUGAACUGGGAAUCUCCACUCCAGAGGAACUGGGCCUGGACAAAGCAUAGACCUUAUUGGUGCAUUACUCAAGCAUUUUACCAGUGCUUACCUGAUUGUACACAGUUGCCUGGAGACACAAAUGUUAACGUAUUACCUUAUUUGAAAUAACUUCCUUUAUUGAGUCACAAUGUAUGUGAUGUGAAGUUGGACCUAAUAAAGGAAAAACUGGUUUGACUGA